AUGCCUCCGGAGUUUAUACUGUGCUUAUUGCUGUUGUUCGUGCGGAGUAUUCGAGCUUGGAAAAUUGAUCUCUUCUACUCAGCUUCAGCAACAGAUGUUUUUGAUCCGCUCGGAUUCAUCACAGUUGAGCGGGCAUUUGAUGGCAAUUAUACGGCCAACUUCGAGCCACUGGUCGAUUCGAAGAAAUUCCGAAGCGAUAUCCGAGAAGCGGGUAAAAAUGGAUGGCUUUAUCGUGUCCGAGCUGGAACUGACGGAUCAGUGCAAGGCUACAACGAACCGGUUGGUCUUCGAUCCCUCUUACUGGGACGUAUACAGACACCUGGCAGGUGUUUAUUAAUGCGAGCCGAUGCAGCACAUCAUAUUCGUCUUUCCAUUGAUCCUGACCAGCACAGUGUACAAUCUCUGGCCAUAUUUCCCGAGAAUUCAUUUACCGCUGGCGUUAUUUCUGAGACUUGCGAUGUAGAAUCAUUUCGACCGGAUGGUACAAUAUAG